AUGGACCCAGCUGCACUCGCACAAUCUUCGCCAGAAGAGCAGGCUAUAUUCCUAGCCGCGCUUUUGGAGGGUCCAGCUCUAGAGCCACCCCCGGGUGCGAGUUCAAACUUCGACCACCCAGGCGGAAGCCAUGCUAUUGGCUAUGGUGUUGUCUUGCUCGGAAGCAUUGUCGCUGCACUUGCGGUUCUGCUUCGUUUGUGGUCGAGAGCGCUGCUGAAGACAUUUCGCAUCGAAGAUGCGCUCCUGAUAUCGGCUCUGCAUGUUCAUCUGGGCUCAAUCUUUUACGGCUUGGUCAUCAUGCUCCUGAAGGUAGCCAUCUUGCUCGACUGGCUCAAGAUCUUCGUGCCUCGUGGGCAGCGCAACGCCGUGUUCUGGAUUUCCCAUGUCAUGAUCUGGGCGAACAUCCUCUUCUAUGGCGUCGGCACCUUGGUCGAGAUCUUCCAGUGCAGUCCACGGACCAAGAUAUGGAAUCCUUUGGUAGAAGGCAAGUGCCCUAUCGACAUGAGAAGCCACAACAUGGCUGCGGGUAUCGUCAACCUCAUCUCCGAUCUGGUCAUCCUCGGGCUGCCACAGAGGGUGAUCUGGCAGCUACACAUGUCGCGCGCCAGCAAAAUCGGUAUCUCGCUCCUCUUCGGUAUCGGAAUAUUCGCUUGUGCGAGCGCAGCGGUGCGGUUAUAUUACAUUUACAGGCUGUUGCACACGUCCGAUCAGCUGUAUAUCGUCUCCAUCGCGGGUCUUUGGGGCGUAGGCGAGAUGACGGCUGGUUUCCUCAUCAUAGGCUUCCCGUCGCUUCCCAAAGUCGUCAAAGCCCUGCCAUUCUCGGAUUCUGUUGUCUCGCUCUUGCGACAGAUAACGCGGCCCGGCUCAAGCGGUCAUGCUGAAGGUCAGGCCGAGACGCGUCGCGGGCUGCCGUCGUGGCACAAAGCCGCACCACUAAAGAAGCGACGCGACCAGUUCGAGGUCAGCGAAUUGAGCGAGUAUGAUCUUCCCGAUCGUGAUAGGGUUCACAUGGGUGAUAGGCGCUAG